UGAUGUGAUUCGAUUAUAGCGUAUUUAUAUGUUUGCGCAAUACACAUCAAGUUAAUUUAGUUAUAGAUUUAGACCAGUGUCUUGAAACGAAAAGAAUAAGGAUAGUUCUUGUAACUAUACUAAAAUACAAAUUUUAUAAUUUCUUUGCAGUCAAAUAAUUUUACAAAGGAAUACAACAACACGACAGUUCUACGUAGAUAUCAGUAAGGUAAAAAAUAAUAGAUAACAAAUCAAGUUUUGAGUAAUUCCUCUUGAGCAAAGUUCAUAAGCCUCUAUAUUAAUUGUUAUCAAUAUGGAGAAGCAUGAUGCAUUCUUACAAGUACAUUUAGAAAGACCUGUAUAUGAACAAGAAAGUUUAAAUGAAGAUUGUCAUUAUGAAAAACCAAAAGGGCUUUGCUUCCAAGAUGCAAUAUGUGAUUUAAAACAUAGAAACUGGAGAUCAUGUCUUACAUCUGCAAUUCCCUCAAUACAUUGGCUGAGAGAUUACAAUUGGAAAGAAAGUAUAAUGCCUGAUAUAAUUUCUGGUUUGACUGUAGCAAUCAUGCAUAUUCCUCAAGGCAUGGCUUAUGCACUUUUGGGGAACGUACCUCCUGUAGUUGGAAUAUAUAUGGCAUUCUUUCCUGUCUUAGUGUAUUUUUUCUUUGGCACAUCUAGACAUGUGUCCAUGGGAACAUUCGCUGUGGUUUGCUUGAUGACUGGGAAAACAGUGGCAUCUUAUUCGGUAUCACACAAUGAUAUUACAAAUCCAAAUGCUACAACUACAUUGCCCAAUUUGCCUGGAGAAUAUUCCUAUACACCAAUGCAAGUUGCAACAGCAGUUACACUCAUGGUUGGAAUAUUUCAGAUUAUAAUGUAUAUAUUUCGUCUGGGUAUUAUAAGCACAUUGCUUAGUGAUCCAUUAGUGAAUAGUUUUACAACUGGUGCAGCAGUCUGUGUUUUAAUAUCUCAAAUUAAAGACCUAUUUGGUUUGAAAAUACCAAGACAAAAAGGAUAUUUCAAGUUCAUUUUUACAUUGGUAGAUAUUUUUAGAGGAAUACAAAAUACAAAUUUAGCUGCUUUACUUAUAUCAGCAAUAACAAUCGCUGGUCUUGUACUUAAUAAUGAAUUUUUAAAGCCCUGGGCAAGCAAAAAGUGCAGCAUUCCAAUUCCAAUCGAAUUGAUUGCAGUUGUGAGUGGAACUUUAAUUUCAAAAUAUUUUUGUUUUCCUACCAUGUAUAAUAUUCAAGUUGUGGGUGAUAUUCCUACAGGAUUACCAGCACCAACAGUUCCAACAUUUCAACUCUUACAUCUAGUAGCAACAGACAGUAUUGCUAUAACUAUGGUUUCCUAUACUAUUACCAUAUCAAUGGCUUUGAUAUUUGCACAAAAAUUGAAUUAUAAAAUUAAUUCAAAUCAAGAACUUCUUGCUAUGGGUUUGAGUAACAUAACAGGAUCCUUUUUUUCAUGUAUGCCAGUGUCAGCAUCUUUAAGUAGAUCUUUAAUUCAGCAAACUGUUGGUGGUCGGACACAAAUAGCUAGUGUUGUAUCAUGUAUAAUAUUGCUUACAAUCCUUUUAUGGAUUGGCCCAUUUUUCGAACCUUUGCCAAGAUGCGUUCUCGCAUCGAUUAUUGUUGUAGCUUUAAAGGGAAUGUUUCAACAAGCUAACCAGCUUAUAAAAUUCUGGAAAUUAAAUAAAUGUGAUGCACUAAUUUGGAUUGCAACAUUCUUGACCGUCAUAAUAGUAAACAUUGAUAUUGGUUUGCUAGCUGGAAUAAUAAUAUCACUUGCAAUUAUUUUAUUGCAAAGUCUUAGUCCUUAUAUUUGUUUAUUGGGAUACAUACCAAAUACAGAUUUGUAUUUGGAUAUCAGUAGAUUCAAAGCGGCAAUAGAAAUUCCAGGAAUGAAAAUUGUUCAUUAUUGCGGAACUUUAAACUUUGCAAACACUAGUCAUUUCAAGACAGAAUUGUAUAAAUUAAUUGGAGUGAAUCCAACAAAAAUUAUAGAACAUAAAACUAAGUUAAGGGAAAAGGGUAUUUAUAUGGACACAGAAGAUUCAGAAGACAAACAAGAAUUACGAUGUGUAAUAAUGGAUACGAGCGCAUUAAGUUAUAUUGACUCUAGCGGCGUAAUUACGUUAAAUUCAGUAAUGAAAGAAUUUCAACAAAUUGAUGUACACUUUUAUCUUGUAAGUUGUAGAACUCCCAUUUUUGAAACUAUAAAAAAAUGUGACUUGUAUUUACAUGGAACACUUACGUUUAAGAUUUUUGCAACUAUACAAGAUGCCAGAACAUACUUAGAAAAAGAAAUGUAUUCGAGAUAAUACAUGUAAUUUUGCCAAGCAGUUAUAAGUUAUAUUACGUUUAUAAGCAUAUACAUAGUAUUAAAUCAAAUUCGAAUUGGUUCUACAAAGUAUACAGUAACUAAAUUUGAAACUA